CCGGUUGAAUAUUCCCACGUACCUAAAUUUUUACUGAAAAAAAAUGCAUUAGCUGAUCAAAGAUCGAGCAUACAGUACGGAUUUGAAACGGAUUGGGUCAGUUAUCAUACUUGAAAGACCGUGCAUGUUUUAAGAAGUGUACAGAAAAAAAUCUUAAGUAGCGCUGCUCUUAUCUCGGUUUCCUAUUUUGGUUAGCUAGAGUGUUUUUGGACCUAAACGACACAUUGAACGUUAGCAAACAAAACAAACCGUUGACGUUACAAUAAUUGUUUCAGAUACACCCGUUGCUGGCAUGCUUUGUUAACUUGCAACGUGUGACUGUACAAAGUCAACCAUUAAAAAAUAUUAGAUAUUAAAUCAAGACGAAGUACUAGCAGUUGAGCAUCUGUGGCCCACGGGAUGGCUGCUGCACCACCUGCAGCCGGACCCAGCACCUCCAAAACCCCACCGACAGAUUUCUACGGUGAUCUGAAUCCAAUCGAUGAGGAUCUGGAGAAAAUAGCUGAAGCAAAUGAACUUUUUGAUGCUGUUCUGACUGGCUCAGUUAAUCAAGACAAGAAAACCUCAAUGAAUGCCACUAAGAAAGCGCCAACUACAGUGGACUGUAAAUCAACUGAUGAGAAAACACAAAAAGAAGGAAGCACACUCACAAGACUGUCUUUGUAUAUUGGAAAUUUCCCCUGGUGGACAUCUGAUAGGGACCUCACGAGCAUGGCCCUGAAACUGGGCGUGAAAGACGUUAUAGAGGUCAAAUUUGCUGAGAACAGAGUAAAUGGUCAGUCAAGAGGCUUUGCAGAAGUGGUUGUAACAUCAGAGGAGUCAUUUAAAACACUGUUGGAAAAAAUCCCUCAAUGUCACGUAAAUGGAGAGAAGAUCGACUGUCGCUUCGCCACUCGCCAGAACCUCACCGUUUUUGAGGACAUUGCUAACAAACGUAUACCUCUCCGCGUUAACUCAAGUCAGAAGGAAUCUGAUUCUGCAGAGAGCCCCACUACGUUAUUGUCACAGGAGUCCAGACUUCCUCCUACACCUCCACAUUUUCCCAUUGCAAACAGCUUUCCCUCAUCAUCAAGCUCUUUUAUUAAUCAGCCACCUCCACUGUUUCCUCAAUUACCGCCAGCCAUCCCUCCACUUAUGCUGAACCAUUUUUUUCCUCCUCCUCCUGCCCUUGUCCCUGGCCAGCCACCUCCAAGUCUUCACAUAAAUCCAGCAUUCUUCCCCCCAACACAAGACAGUCAAAGCAGCACAGUGUACAGCCACCAAAAACCAAGUGCGGAUAGAGAUUUCGAGGAGCUAAUGAACCGAAACAGAACUAUUGCCAGCAGUGCAAUCACCAAAGCUGUGUCUGGAGCAACAGCCGGGGAUCUGCGUAUGGCCAUGGAGACCUUAUUAACGGCCAUUGCCAUCAUUAAGCAGUCCAGGGUGUAUGGAGAUGAAUGCUGCCAAGCUCUGGUCACCUCACUCAAAGACUGUUUGGUCUCUAUACAGGGAGCGGCAGUCAUUCCGGAGAGAAAGAAAGAGUCCGGGACAGAGGUCGUGAAAGAGACCGGGACCGCGACAGAGAGCGAGAGCGUGACCGAGACCGCCAUAGAGACCGCGACAGGGAUGACUCGUAUGGCAGGGAAGGUUCAGGCAUGUCUCGACGACACAGAGAGCGUUCCUGGAGCGGAGAGAGGGAGAAGGAGCGCUCCCGGGAACGUGACAGGCACAGAGAUCACAGAGACCGAUACCGCUAACUUGACUGGUGAAUAUGUGAAGAACGGAAGGGGCGUUUUGUUUUUGCACCACAUUGUAUGAAAAUGAAGAGGAACCUUCGAUGACACUGAGCGUCGGAUCUCAGUCUUUGUAUGAUUUUGCUGUCUUUUAUGUUCACAGUAACUUCUUUUAACAAAUGAGAAAAAAAAUCUAGUUGUAGAUUUGUCAAAUACAUUUCAGUGCCUGCAUGCAUAGUAACACCUCUAACAUAUGUAUGUUUGUUUUCACCUUAUUUUGUAACAAAUCUGCAAAUUAAAAAAGAACAUUCCCUC